AUGUUUUGUACCAGUACAGAGGAGAAUUUAAGUAGUGAUAAUACAGAAAGUGGACAUUUCUCUGACUUGUCCUCUUCUGAUAGAAGUUUUGAAAUUGGAGCCACUUCUGAUAAUCUGGUGUCAGAUUAUCACAGUCUGUCCUGUCAAAAUGCGGAUGAAGAGAGUACUCACUCCAGCACUGGCCCCUCACCUCCUCGUACGGCCACGGGUCAGUCCCUCCACUGCCUUCAGUUAGCAAGGAACAAUACGCCCUACUUUAUGCCUUCCUCGACUGACUCCUACCAUGGAGGCAACCCCAGGAAGACCCCCACUUCUGCUAGAGCUCCACGCCCUGCUUGGACACCAUUGACCGCUGGCACUGCAUCGACUUGUUGCCCUUCUUCUACAUCGGCUUCUGCUGCAUCUGUUAUUGUCGCCCUGGUUGAAGGGCGUGGUUUUGCCCGGGGAGAAAUUGGAAUGGCCAGUCUUAACCUGAAAUUUCCAGAACUUGUACUCUCUCAGUUUGCAGAUACUGGAACUUAUACUAAGGUCAUAACCAAGGUCCAUAACUUGUUGCCAAUGAACAUACUGAUGCCAGACACCGUCUGUAAUGAACAUAAAGGAACACAGCUAUUCAAACUUAUUUCAGAGAAUUUACAGGGUGUGACUCCAAUUCAACGGAUUUAUUUUAACGAUAAGAAAGGACUGGAAUAUAUUGAACAGCUCUGUGCUCCAGAGUUUAGUAUCGUCCUCAUGGAAAUAAGAGCUAAAUAUUAUUGUCUAGCCACUGCAGCUGCUUUGCUGAAAUACCUGGAGUUCACUCAAAACGUUGUGUAUGCUGCCAAGUCGCUUAAAGUGACUUUUAUAGGAAGUGAACAGACAGCUAAGAUUGACUGGGUGUCUACUCGUAACAUGGAGCUUGUGAUCAACAACAGAGACCACAGAUGCGACCAUACCCUUUUCGGUGUCCUGAACCACACAAAAACUCCUGGAGGUGCCAGAAGGUUGCGCGCCAAUAUUCUAGAGCCUCUGACGGACAUCGAUACCAUCAACAUUCGGCUGGACACAAUACAAGAGAUGUUGCAGAGUGAGACGUUCUUCCUUGAAUUGAAGAACGCUAUUAGUAAUUUUGGUGACAUUGAUCAGCUGCUUUCUGUUCUGAUCCAGGUCCCAAAACAAGAAAAAAUACAAUUUGCAGAAGCGAAGAUUACACAUGCAAUUCAGCUGAAACACACUUUGGAUCUGGUGCCAAAGUUGAGGGAGGUGUUAAAGAACUACAACACAGCUCUUCUUAAAGCAUACUGCGCUUCCCUAGAUGACAACAGAUUUGACAUGAUAUCGAAGCAGAUCCUCACUGUGAUCAAUGAUAACGUCACCUACACGAAGGAGAGCAUGAACAUGCGAAUGCAGAAGUGCUAUGCCGUGCGACCCAACAUCAACGAGUUCCUCGAUAUUUCCCGACGAACUUAUACCGAGAUAGUCGAUGACAUUUCAGCACUAGUAAAACAGAUGGAGGAGAAAUAUUGCGUUCCCAUGCGCAUAAGCUACAGCAACACUCGAGGUUUCUUCGUCCAAAUGAAGCUCGUCGGAAUAUUGCUGCCCAAUGGGAAACUUCCGUCAGAGUUCAUCAAGGUGACCAAAAACAAGGACAACUAUGGCUUCACCACUGUAGAUCUGAUGAGAUUGAAUGACCGGUGUGAUGAGGCCCAGAAGGAGAUUGUUCACAUGUCCUAUGUGGUGGUAUCUCAACUGCUCAGCUCUAUCCGAGAGCACAUCCAUUGCCUCUACAAACUGUCUGAUGCUGUAUCCAUGCUGGAUAUGUUGUUGUCCAUGGCAAACGCAUGCAGCAUUUCGGACUAUGUACGUCCACAGUUUGCCGACAAACUAGUUAUCAGACAGGGUCGUCACCCCAUCCUGGACCGAAUGCCCGGACAGCAGCUCGUGCCCAACAACUGUUGCAUCUCUGAGGAUAGGAACUUUGUCAUCAUCACAGGACCCAACAUGAGUGGGAAAUCCACUUAUCUCAAACAGGUGGCACUGUGUCAGAUCAUGGCUCAAAUAGGUUCUUUUAUCCCUGCUGAGUAUGCGUCUUUCCGUGUAGCAGAUCAGAUUUUCACCAGAAUUGGCGUUGAUGAUGAUUUUGAAACGAAUUCUUCCACAUUCAUGCUGGAAAUGAAAGAGGUGUCAUACAUCAUCCAGAAUGCCAGUGAGCGAUCUCUCAUCAUCAUCGAUGAGCUGGGACGUGGCACCAGUGCUGAGGAAGGCAUUGGAAUUUGUCACUCAAUUUGUGAAUUUCUCCUCAACCUCAAGGCCUUCACCCUAUUUGCCACACACUACCUAGAGCUGUGCCAGCUUGAAUCUCUGUAUCCUAAUGUGGACAACCAGCACAUGCAGGUUAAGCACACAUUCACUCAUGACAAUGGCAACGAAAGCAUCGUGUACACACACUUACUAAGUCAAGGAUUCUCCAAAGAAAGAAACUAUGGCCUAAGCGCGGCAAAGAUGACCUCUCUUCCUUCAAGCAUACUCCAGGAGGCAAAGACAAUUGCCUCUAAACUCAGCAAGCAGCUUUUGGUCGAGCGUAAGAGCGAUCCAGAAACAGAGAGGCAGCGUGCAACAAACCGCUUGGCAACACGUCUCCUACAAACUGCCAGAAACUCCAGACUUGACCCAGACAGCCUACGCAUGUAUCUUAAGGGCCUAAAGAAGACUUAUGAGGAAGAGCUGGAGGCCAUUGGGUUGCUGACACCUACAGACUAA